AUGACUCCCUUCGUGGAGAUUGAGUCGACGGCGGGUCGCUUCGUUCCAUGGUGGCCGCGAUGCAACCCGGGCAGUUGUGGACAUCCAUCUCUAUGUGCCCGACCAUGCAUCUACGUGGCGAAGAAUGGUUCAUGCCAUGUUGAUGGUUGCAGCUUCUGUCACUUGCAGCAUGAUCUUCCUGUGCACAAGCUCAACCAGAGGCAGCGACACGUGUUGCAGCAGCUCGACCGGAGGAGCAAGAUUGACUUGCUGGUCUCAGCAGUAUGUGAAGGGUUUUGCCGGGAAGGUCUCACAGACCGGGCUGGCAAUCUGAUCCGCUUGCUCGAGGAGGAGGCAUCAAACCACCCGCAGGAGCAAGGCAUGCGGAAGCAAAAGCGACAUCUCCAUGACUUGCGCAAGGCCCUCUCGCGCAUGAUCUUGGCUGAUGCAUUCAAAGCCUUCGAAGAUAUCCUUCCCGACCGGGUGCUUGAGUCGUUCCAGGCCUUGCGCUUGAGCAUGCCGCCCCAGAUUCCCCAGAUUCCGGAUGGCGAGUCACUAAGCAUGACGCCCCAGAUUCCAGAUGGCGAGACAACUCCGACGAAACCCACCGUCACGAAGUGUGAGCUUACCUUGAAAGAGGCUCUUA